AUGGAGAAUAAACGUGAAGCAUUCCGCAAGUACCUUGAUGAUGGUGGUGUUCUCGACGCACUCACAAGAGUACUUGUAGCUUUAUAUGAAGAGCCAGAGAAUCCAGAGGCUCCAUUAGAGUAUAUUAAACAAUUUUUAGGAUCUCCAAAUGGAAUUGAUGUAGAGAGCCUUCAAAACGAAAAUAAGGAAUUAGAAGAACAGGUAAAGACAUUAGAAGCAAGAGCAGCAGAGCUAAAGCAACAACUUGGAAUAACAGAAUAA